CUGGGGUUUCUUGUCCUCCAAACACUCAGAGGAAGAGAGAGGCAGAAGAAGAGAAGAGUCUGUGUUCUUUUGGAUUUUGAUUGCCAAUCCUUUGUAGAAGUGUUUUCUAGCCAUUGAAAUGGAAGGUGAGAUGAAGAAGAAGCUUUUGAACAAUGUGGAAAGGCCAAGAGGAGAAAUAGAAGUUGAUAAUGAAGGAGAAGAAGGUCAACAACUCAAGGACAAGCUAUGGAGUGAGACAAAAAAACUUUGGGUUGUUGCAGGUCCUGCUAUAUUUGCUAGAUUUGCGACAUUUGGUGUAAACGUCAUCAGCCAGGCAUUCAUCGGCCACAUUGGCUCUACUGAACUUGCUGCAUAUGCUUUGGUUGGCACUGUCCUCUUGAGGUUUGCAAAUAGCAUCCAGUUGGGCAUGGCAUGCUCUUUACAAACUCUAUGUGGACAAUCCUUUGGUGCAAGGCAGUACCAUAUGCUAGGCAUAUAUCUUCAAAGAUCAUGGCUAGUUGUAACCAUAGCAUCACUCUUUCUUCUCCCACUCUUCAUCUUCACCACCCCGAUCUUGAGGGCUUUAGGCCAGGAAGAAGAAAUUGCAGAAGUUGCUGGAUACAUUUCUUGGUGGCUAAUCCCGGUUAUGUUUGCCUUCAUUGCGUCCUUCACCUGCCAAAUUUACCUACAAGCACAGGACAAGAACAUGAUAAUAGUCUAUUUGGCAGCAUUUUCACUUGCAAUCCAGUUGUUUUUGUCCUGGCUCAUGGCAGUGAAGUUCAAGUUUGGACUUGUCGGUGCAUUGGCUCCUGCAGCUUUAGCGUAUUGGAUCCCCAAUAUCGGUCAGCUCAUGUUUAUUUUCUAUGGAGGAUGCCCUGAAACUUGGAAGGGUUUCUCACUCUUGGCUUUCAAGGAUCUCUGGCCUGUUAUCAAGCUUUCUCUAUCAUCUGGGGUCAUGGUCUGUCUUGAGCUCUGGUACAACACAGUAUUGGUUCUCCUAACAGGAAACAUGAAGAAUGCUCAGGUUGCCAUAGAUGCUCUCUCCAUCUGCCUCAGCAUCAAUGGGUGGGAAUUGAUGAUCUCUUUUGGAUUCUUGGCAGCAGCAAGUGUUCGGGUUUCACAUGAGCUUGGAAGAGGGAGCUCACAAGCAGCAAAGUUUUCAAUUGGGAUGACAGUCAUUACAUCCUUCGCUAUAGGAUUCAUAUUUUUUAUAUUUUUCCUGUUCUUUAGGGGACGACUUGCUUACAUUUUUACAGAUAGUCAUGACAUCUCUGAGGCGGUCGCAGAUCUGUCUCCUCUGUUGGCUUGCUCCUUGCUUUUGAAUAGUGUGCAACCAGUUCUCUCAGGAGUUGCUGUUGGGGCUGGCUUGCAAAGCGUUGUGGCAUGUGUUAACGUAGCCAGUUAUUACCUAGUAGGGAUUCCUAUUGGAGUUGUACUCGGUUAUACUAUGAAUCUUCAAGUUAAAGGUGUUUGGAUAGGAAUGUUGAUCGGAACAUUUCUUCAAACUGUUGUUCUAGUCAUAAUCACCUAUAGAACUGACUGGGAAAAACAGGUAUCUAUAGCCCGCGCUCGCGUAAACCAGUGGAAUAUAACAGAACCUAAGGAUGCUGAUCCAAAUAUGCACGACGCGUGAGACAUCAACUUAAUUAGGGGUUUGUUUGAGAAUGAAUAUAAUAAAAGUUUAGUCUUAAUGUUGUAUCGGUGGUACUUCUAUCAAAACAACUUCAGUAAUCUUAACGGGUCAUGUUCACAUAUCAACCAAAAAUUAUUUUUUAUAAUGUUUUGGAUAUAUAAUGUGUUAAUAAAAUUAGCAAGUGUAAUGUGGUGUUUGUUUUUUU